UCACAACACCCAGACUUUCUCCUCAGCUAAACUCAGAAACCCCAAAACUCCCCAAAAUUCCGAAACCCUAAAAAAAUCUCAACAGAUCCCAGAACCAUGGCGUACGUAGAUCACGCAUUUUCAAUCACUGACGAAGACAUAAUGAUGGAGACCUCCUACACCGUCAACAACAAGCCCCCAAUCAAAGAGAUCGCCCUCGCCAUCGCCCUCCUCGUCACCGGAACCCUCGGCAUUAUCAUCGGCAGUCUCAUGGCCUACAACCGCGUAGGCGGCGACAAAGCUCACGGGCUGUUCUUCGCGAUUCUCGGCGGGAUUCUCUUCAUUCCGGGUUCGUAUUACACGCGGAUUGCGUACUAUGCUUACAAGGGUUACAAAGGGUUCUCUUUCGCUAACAUACCCCAUGUGUAGCAGCUGCUUCACUUCUCUUUCACAUGUACAGAUCUCUCCUUUGAUCUUUUUUAGUUGUUUCUGUUUGUGUUUCGUAUGAAUGUAAGUGUUGAUGUUGUAAUGUUGAUGUUUGGUCCGAAUAGAGGGAGGAUGGUUAGGUUUGUUUGUUGAUUUGUUAUCCAUUUUGUGUGGAUCAAAUAGUGAACUUUUACUUGUCUAAUGACAUUGUAGACGUAGGCAGGAUACUCAAGAUACAUUAGGGUAUGAGUAAAUAAAAAAGAGUUAUCAUA